UUGUAUCUUCCGUCUCAUUUUGAUAUAAAGAUAGAAUCAACUGUUUUCUUUCUGGCUCAUUAAAAUGGAACAGUCUACAUGUAUCCGUACAGAAUGUAUGUUCUAUUAACAGAAAACAUCAAUUGAAAUACAACCCUUGAAAAAGUGUAUAUAUAACAGUUUGAAAUUAUUAAGUAAAAUUUCAAAUGAAUUAAAAUCUAAAUUUUUCUAUUUAGUUAUUUGUACAGCCUUUAUUUCAGACAUGGAAGCAAGCGCAGGCAAAGGAAACACCAGAACUAGUCCGACAGAAUUUUUUAACCUAGGAAUAGAAGGCAUAGAUUGUCCAAAACGUUGCUUAGAAUGGACAAUUAAUACACAUGGCAUUUUAGAAAAAGAACGAGACAAAAUAAUACAAACUUUACAGAAAUCCAUUGAAACGACCUUACAAAGUACUGUUGAAACCGUAAAUAUGUGGUCUCCAUAUAAAAUAGAGGUUGUCAAACGUGGUUCUAUCACGAUUGGAACAUCAGUGCCUGUCGAUUUUCUUAAGGACGAGGAGAAAUUUAAAGCUUCCGUUCGACAAUUUCUGGAUUCGUUUGUUGACAUAUGCAACAUCAAUACAAGUGUACCAUUAGUUGUCAAGGUCAAUAUCAAUAUACUGAACAAAGAGCCUGCAGAUUGGGCAGAGUACAAGAUUAAUAAUGAAGCAGACAUUACAUGUGUUCAUAAACUAUUUCAUCAAGUUCUAGCCACCGGUGAUGUGUGUGAUAAAGCAGUGCAAACAAUUGCAGACGACAAGGAUCUGAUUACUCCAGUUGCGACAGAGAUGUUAAAAAUUACAAAGUUGCCCAAAGAAGCGAGUGAAGACAGUAUAAGAUUUUUCUUUGAAAACAAAAGGAAAUAUGGCGGUGGAGAAGUUAGUGAGGUAGAACUUGAUAAAAAUACAGAGUCAGCCAUCGUUACUUUUCAUGAGAAAGAAGCUGUUGGCAUAAUAUUGAAAAAAAUACCAAUUACUUUCUAUGGUAAAAAUGUUGAUGUCGAGGCCUAUUUUCCAAAUGUAAUGACCGAUUGUGAAGAGCAGUAUCUACCUGAAAACAGAAAAACAAAUGAAGUGGAAACCACAAAUGCAGUGGAAGUGAAGGGAAUGCAUGCAAAUACAACACAGAAUAGCAUUUCGUGUUACUUUGCGUCAAGAAAGGGGGCUAAUGAUAACAUCGUCAAUAUAGAAUUUUUCAAGGACCAGAACAUGUAUAUUAUUACAUUAAAAGACGAACAAGCUGUUCAGAGAGUUUUGGACAAAAAUCACAUAAUAGAUGGCGAAAAACUUCAAGUACAAAGACAUUCUCCCGUACGAUUCUAUCAGAAUAAAGUUUUAGUGAAAGGUUUCACUUCACAGACCACUACUUAUGAUAUCAUCAAUUUCAUGGAAGCUAGAACAAAACUUAAUGUUCGAAAUAUAGAAGUCGUUGAGAAAGAUACAAAGAAUGCAAUUGUUACAUUUAGCGACGUUGGAAUAGAUAUUGAAGAAAUAAAAUCACUUUGCGAACAAAAAUCGUUUGAUGGAGUCUACCCAAUUAUUCAACCCGUUAUUGUCUCAAACUGCAUAUUAGUACAAGGUUUUAGUGAAAAGACAAAGGAAUGUGACCUUGAAUUUUAUUUUGACACCAAAAGAAAAGCUGGAGUAGAAGGUGUCACCUCUAUCAACAUGAACAAGGAAGCUGGUUAUUGUAUUAUUUGUUUUGAGAAUACUGAGGACGCCGUCAUAGCCUGCACACGAUCUCAUGAAAUUGACAACAUAAACUUGAAGGUACAAGUCUUCCAUGAAUGCCUUGGAACCUCAACUGAAAGCAAUGUCGCCCUGGAGUCAACUUUAAAAAUGGCACCUCUAAUAGUAACACAUAAUGACCAAAACAAAGUUCAUUUCUUGAAAUAUUCACUGCCAUAUAGUGAGGAACUAGAACACAAUCUACAAAAAUGCUUUGCACAUAUGAUUCUUCCGCUUUCCCCAAAAGAUAACAGAAUUAUCAUAGAAUGUACGUUGACUGAGGAAAUACAUGAGUAUAGUAAACUCGCCGGGUCAUGGAAUAAAACCGUGAAUAUAACUUUGUCUACAUUUAUGAAUGAUAUAGAUGUCGAGGAACAUACUAUAUCACCAAAUAAUUGGAAUGCUGUCAUGAUAAAAAUUUCGAAAAUUUUCCCAAAUCCAUCGUUCAUUAUCAAUCCUAUACCAUCGCUUUCAAAAAUUAUAAUUGUUGGUCGCACAUCACAAGUAAAGGAGCUUUCCAAUAAAGUCAAACAAAUUAUAAAUAAAGUGUCACCAGGGAAAUAUAUUGAUUCUAAAAAUUGAAGGCUGUAAGUUGGCAAUACUGGUUUUAGCAAUUAACUAUUAUGAAUGUAAUGAUUAUUUGAGUUAUGGGUAUUAAAUUUUAAUGAACUGUG